GAUCUGGUAAAUAGUUUUGAUUUUUUAAAUGAAUUAUUGUUAUACUGAAUGCACUAUAAAACUAUUGUUUCGAAUGUAAACUGUUGGUUCGUGUAAGUUACUUGCUGUGUAGGAACAUUAAGUGUAUGAGGAAUACAAAAUUCCCUCUAUAAACUAAUGUGAAUACUUGUAUUACUGUAGAAACUUCAUCUAUGCAACUUAUGCAUUAAGCGACUUAAGAAUAAUAUAAGAAAUUGUGCAUACUUGACAAUCAGUGAAAACAUGUACAUAAAAAGCGAUUUAUUGAAAUUAUCGUCUUAAUGCGUCACAUCUCAGAAUCGUACUUUGAAUUGUCCACCCAGUAAGGAAACCUUGUGCUAGAUGUUCUCCAUUUCCCAGGGAAAAGCGUAACUAACCAUCUGACAUACUCCAUCCUUAGUAUUUUCGUUUUUUAAUCAUCCUAGACUCUUCAAUUCAUUGAUUUGGACCUUUCACCAGAAACUCACCUUAUUCGUCGACUGAUGCGGCGAUUUAACUUAAUAUUUUCCUCUCAUUUUGUCCACAAUUUUCAUUUUGUUUUACGGAUGGUCUUGACCAGAUACAGAGUAAAAGGAAGCACUCCUUUCUGAAACUAUAAUUCACUAUAUGUUGUUAAUUGUAAAAGUUAGCGAUGAUGAAAUGUAACUUAAAACUUUAUCUGCAUGGGAGGGAUUUCUUAUGUAUGUAUUAUAUUCAACAAGAAAUUUGUUUGAAAAUAUUAUUUAAUGUUUUGUGCAUGCAUAUUCGCUUCACAGAGAAAAAAAGUAUCGAAAUAUAACCAGUAAUUUAUGGAAAGCCUUCAGUUAAAUAAUUACAAAUCUCUUCACACAAUUGAGAUAUUUUGUGUAUGUGAAUUAAGUCAUUAGGAAUAAUCUGAUCAUUAAAAAAAAAAGUAAAUAAAAAAAAUGAGCCCAUGCUUAUCCAUACAGAAGAGAAUCCUGAUAUGAUUGAGGUAUGUAUUUGGAAGACAGGGACAUUCAAAAAAGCACAUGCUCAUUUACAGUGAAAAUAAACUUCAUUUAUGUGACAUGUGUAAAAAGGCAUUUCAAACAAAGAAACACUUGAGAAGGCACAUGCUUAUACAUAAAGAAAAGAAACCUUACUGAUGUGAAGUAUGUAAAAAGGCAUUUUGUAUAAACAGAUCUAAAACAGCACAUGCAAAUCCACACAGAAGAUAAACCUCAUAUAUGCAGCGUGUGUAAUAAGGCUUUUAGAUUGAAGCCUAGUUUAAAGAACCACAGGACUUGUUCAUACGGUAGAGAAUCAUCUCUGCAAGAUAUGCAAAAAGUCUUUUCCCGGAGAGCGUAGCUUAAAAAAUCGCAUCCUUAUGCAUACAGGAGAAAAAUCUUAUACAUGUGAACUGUGUAAAAAAUUGUUUGAACAUGAGUGCAACUUAAAGAACCAUAUGCUUAGUCAUACAGAGGAGAAACCUCAUGUAUGUGAGAUUUGUAAUAAGUCAUUAGGACAAAAGAAUAGUUUAAAAAGACACAUGCUUAUCCACACAGGAGAAAAACCUUAUGCAUGUGAGUUAUGUGACAAGUCAUUUAGACAGAAGGAUAGUUUAAAGAGCCAUGCACUUGGGCAUACAGGAGACAAACCUCAUGUAUGUGAUAUAUGUAAAAAAUCAUUUGUAAGAAAGGGCAAAUUGAUCGCUCACGUGCUUCGUAUCCAUUCAAAGAUUACUUGUAAGAUAUGCAACGAGUCAUUUGAAGGAAAAAGUGCCUUAAAGAAGCAUGGACUUGUCCAUGCAGAGGAGAAACCUUAUGCAUGUGAGUUAUGUGGCAAGUCAUUUAGACAGAAGGAUAGUUUAAAGAGGCAUGCACUUCGGCAUACAGGAGACAAACCUCAUGUAUGUGAUAUGUGUAAAAAAUCAUUUGUCAGAAGGGCCGAACUGAGGAGGCACGUACAUCGUAUCCAUUCAAAGAUUGCUUGUAAGAUAUGUAACGAGUCAUUUGAAGGAAAGAGUGCCUUAAAGGAGCAUCGACUUGUCCAUGACAAAGAGAAACCUUAUGUGUGCGAGGUAUGCAUCCGUCCAUUUCGAUUAAAGGCUGAAUUAAAGAAGCACAUAGUUAUCCAUACAGCGGAGAGACCUCAUGGGUGUGAAGUAUGUAAAAAGGCAUUUCGGAGAAAGAACCAUUUAGAGAAGCACAUGCUUAUCCAUAUAGGAGAAAAAUCUCAUGUGUGUGAGGUAUGUAACAAGUCAUUUAUACUAAAGAGUAGUUUAAAAAAUCAUAUGAUUACACAUUCGGUAGAGAAACCUUAUGCAUGUCAAAUAUGUAACAAGCCAUUUGGACAAAAGGGUAACUUAAAAAUUCACAUGCGUACCCAUACAGGAGAAAAACCUUUCACAUGUGAAGUAUGUAAUAAAUCAUUUACUCGAAAGAAUAAUUUACAAGACCAUAUUCUUACACAUGUAGCUGAGAAACCACAUAUAUGUGAGGUAUGUAAUGUAUCAUUUAGAGCAAAGAAUGAUUUAAAGAUGCACAUGCUUAUCCACACAGGAGAGAAACUUCAUGUACAUGACAUAUGGCAGAAGUCAUUUGGAGAAAAGGGUGACUAUAGGAAUCCUGUAUGCAUCAUCAUAGAAAAGAAACCUCAUGUGUGUGAAAUAUGUAACAAGUCAUUUAAAGUGAAGGAUGUUUUGAGGAAACACAUGAUUAUCCAUACUGCAGAAAAAUCUCAUACAUGUGAAGUGUGUAAAAAAUCAUUUCAAACAAAGCAUGGCUUAGUGAAACACAUGCGUAUCCAUACAGGAGAAAAGCCUAAUGUGUGUGGAAUAUGUUACAAGUCAUUUGGACAAAAGAGUAACCUGAAGAACCACAUGCUUAUCCACAUAGCAGAGUAACAUAGUUUAUGAGUUAUGUAGGCAGUUAUUUGUUGGAGAAAAGCUGAUUUAAAAGAAUACAUGGGCAAUAAAUUGGAAGAAAAUUCAGUACCUUCUGAUUAUCUACAUUCCCUCAAAUGGUUGCCAGUUCAUUGCUGGCUUUGUGAAUUGGUGAAAACAUUUGUUUGGCUAUCUUUAUGGUUCAUAGCUAUUGUUCUGUUCACAAAUAAUAAUAAACAAAAGCAUUUUUGGUUAAUCUUUGGAUUAUGGUAACUUGGCGAUUUUUUUGCGAAAAUUUGGCAACCAACCCUGCUACAGCAACCUGCUAGUUUUGUUUUGGACGCCAU